AUGUUCACGCCUCCACCACCUCCGCCUCCGGCUACUCCUCCGGAUCCCAAGCCGGGGCCCCCACUGGGCCCCCCACCGGGCCCCCCACCGGGUCCCCCACCGGAUCCCCCACCAAAGACCUCACCGGGUCCUGCUGAAGCAACACCCACGUGGAUGCCGACGCCACCGCCACCGGCAGCCAAGGUGAAGGUGUCAUCUACACCAAGAGAUGGAUCCUAUCUUCGGCGGCAAGAAAAAUUCAGAAGAGAGGAGCAGCUCGCGGAAGAGCUUGCAACCGAAAAGAAGCUGCACGAGCAGAGACUGCAGGAAGCAAAGGAGCAUUAUGAGGAGAAGUUGGAGGAAGCCAAGAAACAAUACGAUCUGGCGGUGAAGAACCUGCAGCUUCAGGCAAAAGUGGAUGCAUCUGAAGCGGAGAAACGCUAUGACCAAAGGCUGGCAACCGCAGUCAGUAACUUGAGAGAGCAGAUCAGUGUGGAGAAGAAAGCAAAGGAGACGGAGCAGAAGAAAUGUGCGGACCUCGAGGCCUGCAACAAGAGGUAUGUGGAUGCAAACGGAAAGUUCGCAACGGAGCACCAGAACUGGAUCCAACGUGGUCAAAAUGCAGAAGCUGGAGAAAAGAAAGCCAAACGCCAGGCGACUGUGGCCAAAAAGCAACUGGAGGCUGAACAAAAGAAGUACCAGGAGCUGAAGACACAACACGAUGCAUUGGAGGCCGACUGUCACCGGGAAUUAUACCUAACACUGAAAGGUGCAGGCAGACUAGAGGGCGAGCCCCUGAAAGAAGUCUUUCAGUGGCUUGCCCUCUAG